AAGAAAUGGAAAUGUUACAGUUGGAAUUAGGUGUCAAAUUUAAUGAGCACUAUUAGACAGAGUGAGAAGCCAGGAUAGGAACUCCACACAACAAACCUCACUUCAUAUUUUGGCUAUCAUCAUCAUGAACUCUCCCACUUCAAUUAUUCUGAUAGAGUUCUUGAUGAUCAUAAACUGUUUCUCAUUUCUCUCCAUUAUUAAUGCUCAACAACCUUAUGAUUUCUUCUACUUUGUUCAGCAGUGGCCAGGAUCGUAUUGUGACACCAAACAAAGCUGUUGUUACCCAACCACAGGGAAGCCCAAAUCAGACUUUGGCAUCCAUGGACUAUGGCCUAACAGGAAUGAUGGUUCUUACCCAUCAAACUGCAACUCCAGCAAUCACUAUGAUGAAUCCAAGAUCUCAGACUUGAUGAGCAGAAUGCAUGAAGAAUGGCCGACACUGUCUUGCCCAAGUAAUAAUGGCUCAGCAUUUUGGUCACAUGAAUGGGUCAAGCAUGGUACCUGCUCCCAGUCCGUCCUCACCCAACGCUCCUACUUUGAAUCCGCUUUGAAGCUUAAGAACCAAAUUGGUUUGCUCCACCUUCUUCAGAAAGCAGGAAUCCAACCAGAUGGAAGGACUUAUAGCUUGGGUGACAUAGAACAGGCAGCCCUAGACGGGUUUGGACAUGAAGUCGGGAUAGAAUGCAAUACUGAUGCAAAUGGUGAAAGUCAAUUGUACCAAGUUCUUAUCUGUGUUGAUCCUUCAGCUUCUAGGGUCAUUGAGUGCCCUGGUCUUCCCAACGGACAUUGUUCUUCCACUAUCAAGUUCCCUUCAUUCUAGUAGUCGUGACAAUUUUUCGAGUACCCUUUCAUCCAAAUUUAUUGUCAGAUCAAAUAAGGGGCUUUCAUUGAUCCCUCCUAAACAAUGUUGUAGGGGAGGAAUGUGUUAUAUCAAUAAUUGAAUACCAAAAUCUACCAUUAUAUGAAUUACGAGGUUAAUUGGCCCC